UGAGUUUCACAACCCACAAUGGAGCAAGAGCGUGCUAAAGCUAUUCAAGGGAGCGUAUAAGAAUUUCAGAGUCAAUGGUGGGGAAUAAGCCAAUGAGACCCAAGACAUGAUUGGCGAAAUGUUAUACCCAUCUAAUGUAUCAUUGUUGGACACAGGUCUAUUAUUAACAACAAUGCUAACUGUAUUAUUUUUAAUUUUAUCUUACGAACUACUCACAAAUAAUCGAAGAAGCCGUCGAAGACGUUUUCUAGAACUUUCAAGAAAGUUACCAGGUCCAAUGCCACUGCCUUUUAUUGGUAAUGCAUUGAAAUUCGCGUGUAAAUCUAAAGAAAUGUUAAAUCGUUUGGAAACAAUUAUAAUUUCUCACAGUACGAAAGAAGUUCCAAUGAAACUAUGGAUGGGAUCGGAAUUAUACGUGGUAGUGACAGCACCAGGAGACAUUGAAAAAGUUUUGAAUAGUCAGCAAGCCUGUUACAAAGGACGGGUGUAUCGAUUUCUUCAUCCAUUUAUUGGAAAUGGCUUAAUAAGCGGAGAUGGUAAUAUGUGGCGUCGACAUAGGAAAUUAUUAACGUACACCAUGACCCAAAAGGUUCUUCAUGGAUUUGUCAACAUUUUUGAUAGACACAGUCGGAAGUUAAUGGAUAAGUUAGAAUCGCAAGCAGACGGUGGUUAUGAUUUUGAUAUUUUUCCAUAUAUUGAAGCUUGCACUAUUGAUAUUGUUUGCGAAGCUGUUAUGGGUCGCUUAGAUGUUAAUGCACAGGAUAAUGCAGACCAAGAGAUUAUUCAUUAUACUGCCAAAAUGUACAAAAUUAUAUUCGAAAGAAUGACCAAAGUAUGGCUGCAAUCAGAUUGGAUAUUCAAUCAAACGCGCUAUUAUACAGAACAACAAAGAGGACGAGAAGUUAUACAAAAUUUUGUACAUACCUGCGUCUCAGCAAAACGAAAUGACCAGAACUAUACACCCUUGUUAAGCAGCAAUCAAAAAUCAAUUUUGGAACAUCUCCUAGAAUCAUUGAAAAGUUCAUCAAAUUCUCUGACUGAUUCAGAAUUACAGGAUGAAAUUUACACGGUUUACAUCGCAUCCCAAGACACCAUAGCUCUCAUAAGCAGCUUCGCAACUCUUAUGCUAGGCAUGCACCACGAAGCACAGGAAAAGGCAAGAAAGGAGAUAGAGGAAAUAUUCCAAGGAGAAGAUGAACCCCUCACGUCUGAAUCUUUAUCUCAAUUGAAAUACCUGGAAGCAGUUAUUAAGGAGACCAUUCGUCUAUUUCCAAUAGCACCGUUUUUAAUAAGACAUCUGCGUGGAGAACUUCCUCUGGAGAAUUGCAUCUUGCCAGAAGAUUGUCAAGUACUAAUAGCGGCAUAUGUUACUCAUAGAAGUGUCGAUUAUUGGAGAGAACCAAAGAAAUUUCUACCGGAGAGAUUUUCUGCAGAGGAAAGUAGUACACGGCAUCCAUAUGCAUUCAUACCAUUCAGCGGAGGUCCCAUGUCAUGCAUAGGACAAAAAUUUGCAAUGACAUGUUUGAAAGUUAUACUCGCGAAUCUCUUACGAUGCUACAGAAUCGAUACCACUUGGCAAAUGUCAGACUUGUUACUCAAUGCAGACAUUUCUGUUCGCUCCAUUAAUGGCUAUCGUGUCUCGUUAAAACCGCACGAGAAAGCAGCUUGAAGUAAACGAACUGGAAAAUCCAGAUAUUCAAAAAACUCUUAGAAGAUCUUAGACUCACCGUAACGUUAUAGUAGCAUGAUCUGUGAUGCCUGUGCGAAACCAACGAACAAUAAUCCUCCUUGUUCCAUCGAGCAAAAUCAUCAUGUUAAAUCCUCUUUUUGUGUUUACACCAAAUACGCCUUCAUAACAAGGGAUGUAUGACAACAAGCAGAUUGUAUAAUAAAGUAUAAGCUGAUCUUCCAGA